CACCUCGCCUGCUGCGAACGACUAGCUGCCAUGCGUCAGAAACGUACCAAGGGCGCCCGCAAGGUCAUGCAGCUCUACCAGAGCGCGUUCGGGUUCCGUGAGCCGUACCAGCUCCUCAUGGAUGCCGCAUUUGUCCAGUCGAGCGUCAAGCAGAAGUUUGAGCUCAUGUCGAGGCUGCACGACGUCCUUCAAGGUGUCGUCAAGCCCAUGAUCACCCAGUGCUGCAUGCAGGCGCUGUACAACCUGGGCGAGGAGGCGCAGGACGUCGUCGACGUCGCCAAGGGCUUUGAGCGCCGCAUGUGCAACCACCUCAAGGCCCGGCCCGAGGACGAGUGCUUGACCGCCAUGGCCGGCUCGGACAAUCACAACCGCUACGUCUUUGCGACCCAGUCGCUCGCGCUCCGACAAGCCCUGCGCAAGGUGCCCGGCUCGCCCAUCAUCUACAUCGCCCGGAGCGUGCUCCUCCUCGAGGCGCCGUCGGACCAGACGCUCGCCAAGAAGCACCAGAUGGAGACGGCCAAGCUGCACGUCUCGGCGCAAGAGCUCGCCGUCAUCACGGGCAAGCCCAUCACCUCCUCCGCACCCGAACCCUCGACCUCGACCUCGACCGCCACUGCCGCCGCCGACGCGCCCGCGCCCGACGCCGCGCCGAAAAAGCCGCGCAAGCCCAAGGGCCCGAAAGGCCCGAACCCGCUCAGCGUGCGCAGCAAGAAGAAGGGCGCUGCGCCUGGCGGCGGCGAGGCCGGCGGGCGGCCGCCGAAGAAGCGCGGCCGG